CUGCCUCCCUCCCUGCCUCCCUCCCUCCCUCUGUUUCUCCUCAGUGUUAAUGGACCCUAGUCUUCAGCCAAGCUGCGUUUGGAGAGAGAGGGAGAAGGCUGCUGUCGGAUGGUAUUUGAUGGUGACCCUUGUCUGUUUAAUUGUUUCUAGAUAAAUCUCCAUCUGACUGGUUGGAUGUAUGUAUGACACUCAUUCUCUCUUCAUGCUAAUUGUUUUGAUGACCUCAGAGAGGGUAUCUCUUCCUAUUGGUUUCUCUCUCCAUAUCUGCUCUCUGUCUAUCUGUCUCUCUCUGUCUCUCUCUGUCUGUGUCUCUCUCUGUCUAUCUGUCUCUCUCUGUGUGUCUCUCUCUGUCUAUCGGUCUCUCUCUCUCUGUACUUCUCUGUCUAUCUCUAUCUCUCUGUCUAUCUCUCUCUAAUUUAUAAUUUUCUCUUUCCAUGUCCUUCAAUUCUCUGUCACUGUCCCUCCCUCUUUCAUCUUUACUCUCUCCCUCUCUUUUAUUACACCAAGAGUCCCUUGUUUGCUUUCCGGUCUCGUUAGGAGAAAUUGGAAUGUACAACAAUCACAUAAAAGAUACCAACAACAACUGUAAUAAAAGCCUUCUCCCUGACCAUAAGGAGAAGCUGAUCCAGGCUAUUAAAAGAAUAAAGCAUGAGGUAGACGAGUGCUGGGAGGCAGAGAGAGAGACGUACAUAUGGUCUGUUGGUGUAGAGAGAUGUUUUGAUAAUCUGGAACGGGAGGUCCGAGCUGAGUUCCAGAACCUCCAUCGCUUCCUGGACGAAGAGGAGACCAUGGACAUGGAGCGACUGAAGAAGGAGAAAGAGAAGAGGGUGAAGCUGCUUAGGGAGAGAGAGAAGAAGAUCGCCAUGCAGGGAAGAGAUCUGGAGAGAGGCAUUGCCACGCUAAACAACAAGCUGGCCGAGGAGGAUAGUCCCAAACUGCUCAAAGAGAUUCAAGACCUCUUGAAAAGGUCCCAGGUGGCUUUCAUACCCCCUCCGCAGGUGGAUGUGGAGGUGCGAUCAGCACACUUUGUGGGGCCCAUCCAGUACAGGAUAUGGAAACACAUGAAGAGCUGCCUGUACCCAAAUAUCACUGAAGUGACCUUUGACCCAGAGACAGCCCACCCCCUCCUCACACUCUCCCCCAGCUGCACUUCUGUGUGGUUCGAGGAGGACAAAGUUAUCCCCAAGGCCUCGGAGGAGGAGCAGCCCCCCAACCCCCGCUGCUUCCACUACUACUACAGUGUCAUGGGCCGAGAAGGUUUCAUCACCGGACGCCAUUACUGGGAGGUGGAGGUGGGCCGCAAGACAGCGUGGCGGCUGGGUGUGGCCAGGGAGGACGUCCACCGGGGGGAGAUGGACUCCAGCGGGACUAGUAACGGUCUCUGGACCCUAUCCCUGAAGGGAGGGGCCAUCUUGGCCUGUACAGACCCCAAACCCACCAAGGUCCCGGUGUCCAUCAGGCCCGUCCGGAUCGGAGUGUUCUUAGACUGUGAGAAGGAGGAAGUAGCGUUCUAUAACGCUGUUACCAUGACGCCGCUGUACACAUUCUCCAUGGAAACGGUGUUCGUUCCGCUGAUCCCCUUCUAUAACCCAUGUGACACGGACGAUGGGAGGAACCUGGGUCCCCUAAAGCUCUUCAGCCCCUCUAUAUGAGAGUACAGAGAACCAAGGAUGUACUGGAGUAUAUGUCGUUUGGGGAUGUGGUGGAGUGAUAGAUAGAAUUUGGAAUUGGUUUGUUUUAUACAGUGUGUGUUUCAGGUAUCAUUUCAUAGCUGGCUGGAAGCAUGAUGUAAAUUGUAUCUGUUAAAAAUCCAAUGAGUCUAUGAUAUGCAUUUACAUUUACCAGGGGAGGCUGGUGUAAGGAGCUAUAGGAGGACGGGCUAAUUGCAAUGGAAUGGAAUCAAUGGAAAGGAGUCAACAUGGUUUCCAUAUGUUUGAUAUGUUUGAUACUGUUCAAUUUAUUCCAUUCCACCCAAUACAAUGACCCUGUCCUCCCACAAGCCUCCACUGACAUGUACCUACCCAGUUCUAUGGUAUAGCACUAUCAAUUCAUGUUUAUGCCAUUGCGUUCAGGUGUUUGCUUUGUGGUUUGAAUAUUGACAUUUUAUUGGCAUUAAACACACAAAUAAAUAGAUAAACAAAUAAACACAAAACCUUGGCCUGUGCUUAUAACAUCAGAAUGUGAUAUGUUUGUCAUAUUGUCACAUAAUAGGUUAUGAAUGUAGAAAAACAAGACUAACGUAUCUAAAACAAGUGUCAGUAUCCUAAUGGGGGUAGAUACCCAGGGGCUUCAGGACUUAACAGGAGGGGUUAACUGCACAAUGAUGUUACCUUUGGCCCAUCUAUAAAUACUGUGGUCAUGCAUCCACAGCUGUGAC